UCACAACACAAAGCCUAAUAAUGUCCUGUUUAGUGCACUACUGUUAGUAUUAAUGGUGGAUCAACAAAUACUAAAUAUUAUGAUACACCCUGUUUUCGUAAUAAUAAAUUGUGAACAUUUUUUUUUAUUUUUUGAAAAACAUACAUGAAUUUCUGUUUUUACCCUAAUAAUGUAUUUAACAAAGUGUUACAAUACCGACGCUCUUAUUCAGGUGGCAAACCCAAAGUUUUCUUAAAUAACUCAUACUCUCUACUGUGCUUACAUCAGCAUAGUAUAAAACCUAAAAAUUUUUUCAAAUCAAGAACCGGACUACAAUGUUUUCGUUAUUAUGGAACACAAAAAAAAAACUACUAUCAAGUUCUAAAUAUACCGGAAAAUUCCACAGAAAGCGAAAUUAAAAAAGCGUAUAAAAAAUUAGCUUUACAAUGGCAUCCUGAUCGUCAUCAAGGAAAAAAUCAAAAAGUAGCCGCAGAAAAAUUUUGUCGCAUUGCUGAAGCGUAUGCAACUCUGGGAAAUAACGAAAAACGACGUUUAUAUGACGAUAAAAGAACAAAUGUCACAAAGAAUGAGUCUUUCUCUGGACCGUUCCGAAAAACUUCUUCAUCUAAUUGGCACCAAUACCAUAUGAAUUUUGAUGUAUCUGAAAGUAAAGCCCGUACUAUUUUUGAUCAAUUUUUGAAUGAUUUUUUCAAUAAAACAUCUUUAUCACAACCUUUAAAUUCUCCGUUUUAUAUACAUCCAACGUCCUCUUCUUUUUAUCGCUUAUAUGAUGACAUUUUCACUACAGAUUUUCCCCAAACCAACGAAUAUAAUGAAAACCCGUUUUUUGUAAAAACAUCAUUUUCCAAUAAUGGUAUGGGUGUACUAAAAUCUCAUGUUUUACAAAAAGCAAAACGUCAAUCGAAUGUUGGUAAUACUUUAAAUGCGGAAACGAGAACGAAAAAGAAAACAGGCGUAAAUACUACCAAUAUAUUUGAAACUCUUUUUGAUUCGGAAUAUAAAUCUCCAAUGGAGCACCCAUCUAUACUGAAUGUUUCAAAUGUUUUUAAAAAAAAUGUUGCUUCCACAAUUACCAACAUCCUGAGUAAAUUAAAAAUUAUUACGAGAUUUGACGACUUUAUAGAAAGUUUAGUUAUGUCUUGUAAAUCACGUGGCCACUCGUCCAGCAACAACUCAGCUACAAUAACGAAUGAUGAAGAAUCCGCUUCUUCCUCGUCUGCUAAUUUGAAAUAUUUGAAAGCUUUGUUCUGGCAUAACUUUCAUAAAAAUUAUAGAAUUCUACUUCACAAAAUUUUAAAUCAUUUACGCCUGUCUUUACAAAACCCUUAUUUGGUCUUACCAAGUUGUACAUUUCUCAUUCUUUACAUGCGCUCUAUCUUACAUAAAAUGGACUAAACCUAUAUAUUGUGCUGGUCUAUUAAAAUUGUCCGUUUUCAUAUAGAAACAGUCUUGAAAACUAUUUUUGUUUUCUUUGAAAAAAUGUUAAAAUUUUUAAUUGACUUUUUAAACAUUUAUUUUCGUCCUCAAUUAAAUGGUUUUCGUUUUACAUUUUUCUUAUUCUAAACCAUCUACCCGCUAUGGUUUAUUUUGUUUUGAAUUUUCGCUAAGAAAUUCUCUCUUCAAUUAUAAUAGAAAAAUAUAACUGGUAAAUUUUUCAUGUCUUGGUACUGAUUACUAAGGCUAUAAAUGCCUUAAACGACCUUGUGCUAACGAUGAGACGAGGUAAACAUUCAUUAACAGCUUUUGGUUUUAUGAAUAAUAAAUUAACAAAAUGGAACGCUGCAUCGAAAUAGAAAUAUAUAUGCCACGUUUUAGAAUUUUAACAAUUUUGUUAUUCGACUAAGCAUACUGUUUUGAUUACUUUCGCAUCUUUACAUAAAACGAGAAUUUAUUU